AUGGCCACCAAAGAUGAGUUCAAGGAUGUGUCCGAGGCACACCCGGUACAGGUGCCUACCAACUCCAGCAGCGACAUUCCUCACGACCAUGCCGAGGAGGAGAUUGUAAAGAAGCCGUGGUGGCAUAGUUUCAAAGAACCCGGCUCAGCUCUUCAAAUCAUCGUAGCCGCCCUGCUCGCUAUCGCCAUCGGCGUGGUCGUCGCUACUCAGGUCGACGAUAUUCCGGAGGCUGCUCCCAUCCUUGUUGGUAUUAUUGGCAACAUGUGGCUAAGAGCCCUCAAGGCAAUGAGUAACGGGGGUUCUCUUCUCGCGAGAUGGACUGUCGGGUACUACAUCAUCACCACUCUCAUAUCCAUCACACUGUCUUGUAUCAUGAUGGGCCUCGUCUGGACCAAGCAGUACUCAGUGGUCGGCACUACCCCGCUUGAUCAAGAAGAAGAGGAAAAGCUCAAAGAAAAUGAUCGCAGCAUCCCCGUGGUCGUACAGGAUAUGUUCUUCUCUUUGAUCCCCUCGAAUGUGGUCAAGGCAUUGGCCGAAGACGAAUUACUGGCAGUCAUUAUCACUGCCAUCAUCGUCGGAUACCUCAUUGAAUCCCCUCGCUCGCCCAUCGUUCGCGUUACCGAGGAGAUUGAACGUAUGAUCACCAAGAUCAUCAAAUUCCUCAUCGCGGUGGCCCCUAUCGGCGUCUUCUUCCUGAUUUUGCCCAACCUGAUGAAGCUUGACAUUGGCGAGAUCGGCAAGAAUCUGGGUCUUCUCAUCGGUGCCACCCUGUCCACCAUGCUCAUCCACAUCCUGAUCAUCGUGCCUAUCAUAUUCUUCGCCUUCACCAGGAUGAAUGCCUACUCGUACUGGCUCAAGAUCUCGCCUGCCUGGGUCACUGCAUGGGGAACUGCUUCAUCUGCUGCCACUUUGUCGGUCACUCUUCGAUGCGCCAAGGACCGGGGUAUUCCGUCCACCAUCUACAAAUUUACCUGUCCUCUGGGCUGCCUGAUUAACAUGGACGGCACCGCCAUCUAUCUCCCUGCUGCCGUUGUCUUCAUGGCUGCGACGCAAGGCAUUACCCUGGGCCCUGCCGACUAUGUCAUUGUUGCACUGCUGUCAACGCUGGCCUCUAUCGGUGUAUCUCCGAUUCCCUCGGCCUCGCUUGUUCUUUCAAUCAUGAUUGCUCGCUCGGUCAAUGUCGACCUCACCAACAUGUACGCUGUCAUCGUGGCUAUUGAUUGGUUCCUCGACCGCUUCCGUACCGCUGUCAACGUUUCCGGUGAUUUGUUCGCGUCUAUGAUCAUCUACAAGAUGACCAAGAUCGAGGAUCCGCCUGAGGUUGUGGAGCAGAACGCCCGAGAGGCUGAUGAGAGCGAGAAGGAUGCUUCCAACAAGGUUUAG